GAUUAUGUCACCCGCCGUGGCAGUUGCCGUCGUCGUCAAAGGAUGCCGCCCUUGUCUAUCGUCGGAGGGCCGUCGACCAACCGCCACGGCCAUGGCACGACAACGGUUUCCCGUAAAGCAAAACCCAAAAACCAAAGAGCAGCAAGUCUUGUUUCGAAUUAUUUUUUUUGCGCGCCGAUUUUUGGCCGUUUUUGCUAGUCGUGUGCUGAAUCAAAAGAAAAAAAAAGUUGUGAUAAACAAUUUACGGUAAAUGACAUCAAUGGCGGACCAUCGGCUGUUGGCACUCGUUCAAGUUGCCAAACAGCGAGGAACCUGCCUUCCGCUACGAAGAAACCGCUGCAAAAACAAGUUGCGACCAACGCACACAGUCUUGGUUAGGCUGUUGACGAGUACCUCAUGUCACGACACAUCCUUUUCCUCGCAGUGGCAGCGGCCCUCCAGGGCACUACGACAGCCUUUAUCAGAGGAAACCAAGAGUUUUCAUCAAACAACUGUCAAGGCAUGGCCAACAAGGUCGAUUGGAUCAUCCAGAACAAGAACAAAGACUGGAGCGCCGACAACUGCAAAAAUCUGGCAGCCACAGGCUGUACUGCCGAUCAAGCCGUUCUGACAAACUUUGGUGCAAACUCGACCUGGAUGCCUUGUAUUGAUCCCGAGGGAAAUAACCCAGAUAGAGUCAAUGGAGAUUUCUUUCCGGAGGGAGCAAAUGGUGGAACCUUUGCCAUCUUAACGGAAUAUGAUAACAGCAUCGGUGCUGAGCGCUGCAAAACCAUCAAAAACAAAGACUCGACAACGGACAACUGGGUCCGCACAGCCCGUCUCGCCGACGGCCAAUGCCGCGACGCAGGCCCCCAGCGAUACAUGCGUCUCUCCUGCCAAAAGGAUGGAUCCGUCUACAUCCGCGAUUACUGCAACUCCACCUGCGGGAAUUGCAAAUAUAACUCUAUGGUUGGGUACGCUGGGUCAUCCACAUGUGGCGAGAUUGGCGAUAAUUCUGGGGCGUCGUCGAUUGUCGGGGGAUACUGCGUAACAGCAUCCAAGGGCGGGUUUCCAAGCGAGAAGCCCAAACGUGGGUGGAAACCACCCAACCCUACCGGGCCUGACCAAUUUGUGACAGCUGCUGCUGUCCAGAGCAGUGCACUGAUGGGAACCUUGAUGGGAGCGAUGCUGCUGGCCAUCGUUUCCAUCAUAUAGAAAUUUCAACUUGUAUAGAUGUUUAGACGUUGGUUUUUUUUAGAUACAUGUUUUUGAUUAGUUGUUGUAGGAACCUCAUUAUACUGCAAGAUACUUGUAAACCCGUAUUGGAUACUGGUAAUGCGAGGAGACCCGUCACUUGAGAUCACC